AUGCACGGGUAUGUGUGCAAGCGGAAUAGAAUGCAUCUUCACACAGGAGUGAAAUACUACGAUAGGGAAAAAAAUAUAGUGAACAAGCUAUUAGAGAAAUACAAAAAUUUAAGAUAUGAUGAUAAAAUGAAUUUAAUAAAAGAUCAAUUGAAAAAUAUUAAGGAGAGGGAUAUCAAGGUUAUUUAUGAUUUCACUGUGGGUUGUGUAGAAGGGCAAGGAUUGAAUAAAGAACAUGAUGCGACACAAGAUACAGUUCAAAAUAAACGGAAAAGUAAACUGAUGAAGCUAAGGAAACCUUCUUUUGUACAAGAAAAACGUGGGAAAAAGAGAAUCAAUAACGAUAUAACAAUGAUGGAUAUAUAUGAAGAAAGAACUAGUUUAGAAAAAGAAAAAGAGUUAAAACAUAUAGAGAAAUACACUCUUAUUGAAGACUUGUAUAAAUCUUAUAUAUAUAGCAAAGCUUUUACUCUACUGAACAGCCAGUAUAGGACGAAACACAGCAUAUCAAACAGUUUUAUACAUAUUAUGAUUAACACUUUGAGAAAACAUAUUUUAGAUAAAGUAAAACCGACAUUAAUAAACGAAUUUGCCGUAUAUACAAAUCCUUAUAUGCUAUUUAAAAAUGCAUUAUUUAAUUUUAUUCUUCAUCAGUAUGUUAAAAAUCCUUACGAAGAGAGUUUAAUAGAAAGCUAUAUGAACAGAAAAAUUAAUUUAACUGUUUUAAAAAUAAAUAGUGCCGAUGUACCUGUUGAGGUAUAUGAACCUUUAGUUUCUUUUAGAGGAGAUAUACAUUACAGCUAUGAUUUUAAAGAGAAAUUUAAAGAAAGCAUUACCACAUCAUUAAAAAUUUUAAGCGCUAUAAUGAAGAAUGCAACAAAUGAGAAUAAACACCAAGAUAAGAAGGAAUGUCCACAUGAAAAGUGGCAACACUCAUCUACCGGGAAAGAAUUGUUAAAUGAUGGUUCAUCUUAUGAGCACGCUGAUAUGAAGGAUGGAGAAAAAAAAAUGUAUAAAGACAAGAAUACUACUGGAUUUAUAAACGAAAUAUUAAAAAUUCUACCAGAGAAUACUAAGUAUUAUUAUGAUAAUUAUCCCUUUUAUAACUUAAAAUCGUUUAAAACGAAUAUACAAAAAAAAUAUGUCGGUGGAAUAAAAAAUAGUAAACCAAUAAACACAGAAGAAGAAGAAUUGAGCUAUAUGAGAUACCCGACCUUACAGUGUGUUGCUCAUUCCUUGCCAAAGGAUAUCAAGUAUAGAAAUAAUGUCGUUCAUACUAUUAAGGUACUAGAGAGAUCAAAGUAUUGGGAUUAUACUAGCAAAAUAAAAGCUAUAAACACCUUAAUUGACGUUUGGAAUAAUAUGCAUUCUAGUGAACAUUAUGAAAACUUACUGGAUAAAUCUCUACCAGUUAUUUACUCAAAAGAUAUGUUAAGAAAGACAAGAACGAGAAAAGAAACCUAUAACCAAGGUAUCACGUACAUUCAAUCGCUAACUACGCAGAAGCCCCUGCACAUGCGCACGAAGAAGGGCUAA